AUCGACGACUACAUCAAAUAAGCCAUUUUAAACGAUUGAGAAUCAAUCUCUGAACGACAAGUCAAUAUUGCAACUCUUGUUGCGCGAGAUUACCUUGCCUUAUUGCAACCUUUUAAGAUUGUUUUUCACGUUGAGAAUAGAUCGAGAGUCUGAAAUCGUCGAAGAUGGAUUCUCGCCAUGUAAAAACGAUCAACACUGACUCGAGAUCGAAGAAGCGCAUUCGAUUUGCCACCUCGAAAGAAAGAUCCAAAAAGGCCUCGGCGGAUGUGUACCGUUCGUACAAAAGGAGAAUAGCUGGGGGUGUUACGAGUGCGGCCACACGGGAACAAUUCGUACACAAUCCUCGAGACCAAGUGCGCCCCAAGAAACGCCCCAAGGUUAGCAGAGCCAAGAAUAUCGCCGGUGGCAAACGCGAUGAUCGAAGCGCAUUUGUCGAACUCUCCGGAGAGCAAACGGAACACAGCACGASCAACGACGGAAAUGACUUGGAAUUGGAAACUACGACAACUUUUGCAAGUGAGAUUGAUGUUGCGAUCGACCGCAACGCAUCCGAAAUCUUCUCGGAAUUUCAUCGUCAAAUUUGGAUGUUGGUUAGGUCACUUCCGGAAGUCCUACAUAAUCUGGACAAGAUUGUUGACCUUCUAAUGUCGUACAUGCUGUCACCAUCUUCGUUGCCAGAAAGGCCAACUCCACUUGAGUCCUCAGAAAUUCCAAACGAUCGGGAGGAAUUUGUCAUCAAUCACGCGACAACUGAYAUCCUACAUUUGAUUUCUGUAUUAGCGAGAGAUCUACGGCAUGAAAUACAUCCGUAUUUACAUACGAAAAUAAUCCCUCGUAUUGUACAGGAUUUACUCAAUCCACCGCCUCCACCACCUGAGUCGACGAAACAACCCAUCCCCUUAGACGUGACCAUCGUCGAGACCGCCUUUCGUACAAUAUCGUACAUAUUCCGUUACGAUUCGAAUUURAUUAUUGACGACAUGGAAUCUAUGAGAAAAUAUUAUGGAGUCACGCUUGGGCAUCGUCGCGAACUGAUUCGUCGUCUGUCAGCGGAGACUUUUGCUCCACAAAUCAGAAAGAUGAAGAGUCACAAAGCUCGCGAACGGCACAUUCGUCGUGUACUUCGAGCCCUGGCGUCCACGACAGCGCAGCCAACGAGUAGAAUUCUUCAACGCACUCAGACAGAUGCAGUGGAUGGUAUUUCGAAUCUUCUGUUUCAGCUUAUGAAAGGAGUCCCUGGAAAACUGCAUUCACAGGGGGGUCGCAUUCUAAAGUUUGUUCUGGAAUAUUCGUGUCGAGAGAGCAGCUCAAAAGAUCCUAAAGAAGAUAGUACACAGGAUUUAGUCUUUGAAGUUGCUUCUGAUAUGUUGAGGAAACUAUGUUACCAUUUGCAUGAAUCUGGAUCUCCAACAAUUUGCAAUGAAUUAUUUACCUUAUUCUCUAUCUCUGUUGACAAGUACACUGAUGAGAUGACGAAAGAUUCAGAAAAUACAAAUGUGUCCUUCCAGCCAAUCACCAAGAGUCUGAAACUGGUUGUUCAAGUCGCUACUGCUCGAUCUGGAAAACUUAUUCAGUUACGAUCAGAUGAUGAACUAUCUGACUUCUGCUUUUCAAUAUCAAAAGUAUGCUCCGGGGACUGCAUUGCAUCRCUUAAAAUUGAAGAUCGAUCUGUUCUGUUCUCCUUGUUGAGUCAGACAUGGCCACAUCUGCAAGAGAGAGAAUACACAAAUAUCGAAGAAAAUAUUCAAAGAGCACUCGAAGCACAAUACAACGACGUCAAGUCUAUCCAUUCCCUGUCAUUAAUCUUGGCCAGAGAUCUUGUACCACUUUUGAAUGUUUCGAAGCAAAAUGSAGUGGUAUCGAAAUUGAUAAGUGCUGCAGCGCAUAUGACAAAAUYAGAUUCCAAUUUUGCCCUAGAGGUUGUCUUUGCGRUUGCAUCUUCGAUCUCAUCAGAUGUAUCCAACAGGAAAGGUUUCGAACUCUUCGGUUCAAUUGUUGGAGACRGAYUGAGUACAUCUAAGAGAGAAAAGAAACUUUUGCUCGAUGCGUGUCUUACGAGACUUGUCACUGAGAAGGACAGUGCAGCAGCAUAUGCUCRCACCUGUUUGAACAUACGAUGCGCUCCAUUUUUAGCUUCGUUAGGCGGGUGUAUCGAAAAGACUACGUACAAAAAAACUGUUGAGUGGCUAUUAGAAUGUCUCAACACCCUAAAGRGUAUUCAAACACCUGAUUCGGUUGUUGUGAGGGGUCUGGCAAUUGAAGCCUUCUCUUUUUUCGUUUUAAAAGAAGCCGAAUCAUCGAUUCAGUCGUCGUUCAUCGCAAAGAUGGUUUCGGAAUUCAAACUACACGCUGGAGAAUUGCUUGUAGAAUUCAAAGGAUCAGUUUGGGCUACACGAGGUGCCGCUUCUUUGGUCCCCGUUCUAGAAAGAUUUGAUCUUGGGCCAUUGAUAGWUGAUGCAGACGAUGCUUUUGAUUCUCUAAUGGAAAAUUUGCGAAGUUCAAAUCAUUUUCUCCGACUGUAUUCACUCCAAAUUAUGGCGAGCUAUCCAGAGAAAAUGUUUGUAGUAGAUCAUGYMGACCUUGAUAUUUCAGAUGAUUUGGACGAAGAAGAAGGUUAUCAUCCUAGUGCAGAUGAAAAGAAGAACAGAGGUGGCCCUGUGGGGCCAUGUGACCUUGUGAAGGUUUUGCUCAGACUUGAAUCCUCCCCAGUUAGACUGGAGGAUGAACGAGUUAUUGGUUCGCUAAUUGGAAAGGCCGAKAUCCUGGCAAGGACACGGAGACUCCCUGCCGUUUACGCCGAGAUAGCUGCAAAUCAUAUGCUAGGCCUUUUCAAUAUCAAGUUCGCUCCAAUUUGGCGAUCUGCGGAGAAAGCUCUUCUAUCGCUUGCAUUAGCUCAUGAGGCAAUUGUUUGGCCAGCUUUGGAAACAAAGCUAGUGGAUGUUAUGAAAGGAAACCCUAUUGAUAGUCCGUCUAGUACCGAAUCUUGCGAACCAGAUGAAGUAAAUGAAUUAUCGUUAAGACAGGAGCACUUUGAUUGGUGUCGGCAGUGGGAACAGUCGGAUGGAAAAGAUGUUGUUCUGUUUAAGAACUCGUUGUUGUUAACCGAAGGGGAAGUUCCAUGUUAUCACACGACAGAUGCACUGACCGUGAUGGAAUCUGUUUGGAAAGUAGCUGAGCUGGGCCAUAGAAUCGUCGCGAAACAUUCUCGCGCUAUUGUUCCACUUUUCUUGAGCUUUCUAGACGACCAGUACUUCUCUUUCCAUUCGAAUGAUCAGGACGCUCGUGAACUUCAUCUAAAAGAUUAUGUUCAUGGCAUGGAGUAAGUGAUCAUAACUGAUUAUUUCGUGAUCCCAACAAUUCAAUUCUUAUCCUAACCAUCUUUCAGUCUCCAAGUGACAAAUAUCCAGGGAUUCGUUUUGCAAAAGCGCCUGAAGUGCUUUCUGCGUACAUUUUCUGAAAUAGAAGGCCCAAAGCAACUUGUCCAUUAUGGAUUACUAGAAAAGAUUUUCCGUUCUUUUUUAAGUCAUCCCGACUCAUCAAUAGUGGAGGACUCACUAUCAUGUUUGGUCAAAUUUAAAUUUGAUUACYUGACGCCCUACCACCAAAAUCUUCGAGAGAUGGUUCGAAAGGGAAAACUCCGGACCUCGCUGAUUAAUUUGAGUGAAGUGAUCGAAAGUGGAAAAAUGGUAGACAAAGAUAGGAAGCUUUUGAUACCAAUUUUAGCUCGGAUCCUAUUCGGGAGAGUUACAGCAAAAUCGGGCAAGUCUGGAAACGAUUCACCGGCAUCUCGCAGGACAGCAAUUCUUUCGUUCAUGUCGGUAGUAUGCAAAGGGGAAGAAGAUUUCUUUUCUUUCCUAUAUUUAAUGACUCGAUGUUUCAUACCGAGAACUGAAAAGUUGAAUCUARUGGAGCUCUAUGAACAGAGUGAUCGAUCACACAUACUUGACWCCUUGAUGACAACAAGAUCAGUUGAUCUGGAGUUGUUGUCGAGCCCUGUUGUCGAAGGUUUCCUUCACCUUCUUCAGAGCGUUCUAUCUCAAUUUGGCCAUCGUGUCGUUUCUUGGAUCCCACAGCUUACAUCAAUUGUUGUUGAAGUUUGUAAGUUUGUCAGAGUGACGGACGAUUCCCACGAAGCGAAAACGAUAAACUCAAAUUGUCUUUCCGAAAAAAAGAAUUCGAACUUUGACGGCGUUCGUCGUAGUUCCGUCAGAACCCUUUCUUUUCAAAGGCUUUCUGAUAUUUUUGGGCUUUUUGGAUCAUCUGUUGAUUUCGCACAAAUCUCGGAACCCUUGUGGUCUGCACUACAGCCAUCGUUGGUCCUCCUACCAGAGAUGGUAAUUCGAAAUGAGGGAUGCCCUGCGCUUUUGAUUCUUCUACAAACGAUGUCAUCUGACCCAAAUUUGAUCAAAAUCUUGUGUUCACAAGAUCAAGCAGUGGAUGCAGUUAUUAACUGUAUCGCCCCAACAAGUAGAACGGCUGUAGUAAAAGAGUCCUUGACAUUCGUUGAGAAUUUACUAUCCGUGGAAGACGAAAAUUCUAUAGUGGUCGGGAAAACUAUGAUUUGUAAGUUUGCUCCUCGCCUCAUGGAACAAUUUACACUGAGAUUCGAAGGAAAGCAAGAUCCAGAUGACGAGGACAACGCAUCGUCUAGGAAAUUAAAUAAAACCUCACCGACUUGGAGGCGAGAGCUCGAGAUUUUAUUUCGGAUAUGUGAAUUGGUAUCAUUUGAWGAUUGGGACGUAGAAAGAGACGAAACGUCCUUCUUCGAAACUCUUUGCCAUCUCCUUAUACCGUUUUUGGAACCCAAGAAAGGGAMACUUCACGAAGACAAAAUGAAUGUGAUUGGGAUAUUGAAUGGAAUUGUUACGAAGCUAGAGCCACAAAUAGCUCUCGCAGUGUUCUGGAAAUUAUCCUCUAUUCUUGCACCGAACAAAUCAAAUCCUGGAACUGAAAUGAUAUCAAUCAGGAGUAGUAUCGGCCACUUGAUGAACAAGGCUGUAGCAAAGAACCCUGACUUGAAGGCGGUGGCAUCCAUUGUCGUAAAGCUAUCAGCUGUUCAUCAAAAGCGUGUGGAUGAAAUUGAUUUUGACACAGUCAUCCCUGAACUACUUUCUUUUGCAGAAGUAGAGAAAGAAAAUGGUACUUGGAAAGACUUGUGCGUUCGUUCUGACUCCAAGCCAAUUUUCUUGACUCCGAUCAUAAACGUCUUUUUUAAUUUCCUUCACAAUGAGGAUGGUGUAAUUUCACGCGCAGCCUUYAAUGGGUUGAAGGCUCUGGUCCUUACAGCUAGCUCGAAUAUAUCUACGAAGAAUGAGCACACUCAUGCAUGGACCAAAAUGGUUGAAUCAGUCGUCAUUCCUCUGUCCAGAUCAGGACUACAAUGCAAAGAUACGAAGUCUCGCAGAUYCUAUAUUUUAUUGAUUCGAGAACUUGCUAUAAAUCUCCGUGAACUUUCGUCGCCAAAUCUCUGCGGAGAUUUAGCUACACUCUGCAACGUCGAAAAUGAAGAUUUGGAUUUCUUCCUUGGUAUCACCCACGUUCAAAUUCACCGWCGUGCUAGAGCUUUUCAAAGGUUGAGAARAACUCUAUCUGAGAUGGACAUUGAUCGAUCGAAAACCCAACUUACGUCGCAAUCGCUGUCAAAUGUCCUCUUGCCGAUAGCUGUCCAUCCAAUAUAUGAGUGCAAAAUGAGAUCAGAAGAGGGUUUUGUGCUUGAUUCGAUUGCAACUCUUGGCGCUAUAGCAAGGCAUCUCCCCUGGAAUAAAUAUAACAGCAUGCUAUGGCUUAUUUUGAGUCAAUUUGAUCGGUACCCAGAGCAAGAACGAUAUUCGGUGGGUGCUUUAUGCGCCAUUAUCGAUGGAUUCAAUUUUGAAUUAACUAMUCAGAGCAACGAUGGAUCAAUGGUAAAGACUUCCGUUUGGAGGUCUCUAGAAAACCGAAUAAUCCCAAAAGUGGAAGGCAUUUUAUCAAAAGAAACAACUGGGAAGGAUGGGAGUCAAGGGAAGACUAUUCGACCAGCAAUUAUACUAGCUUUGGUGAAGUUGUUCCAAAAAUUUCCCGAAGAUUUUUUUGACAUGAAGCUUCAUAGUAUUCUGGCGGUCAUCUGUGAUGCCCUUAGAAAUAAAGACUCUACUGCUCGUGACGUUGCGAGAAACACAAUGGCAAAAAUAGUGUGUUCCRUUGAUUUGAAGUAUUUGGGUGAUGUAAUUCGUGAAGUCACAAUCACACUGAACGAAGGAUAUAAGUUGCACGUCAGAUCUGCAACACUUCACACAAUUUUGUUGAAGUUAUUGGACAUAUAUGAACCACCGUCAAAUGAAAAUGCCGAAAAAGAAUCUACCCCACUUGAUGAUUGCACCGCCGCUAUCAUGGAUUUGAUUCAGGAUGAUCUUUUUGGUGUUGCCAAUGAAAGACGAGAAUCAAGGGAUACUAAUGUAAGGUUUGUGAAAGAGGCCGGAGGAAACAAGAGUGUUCAUUCGAUUGAAAUGCUUUCUCGAAUGAUAUCAUUUGCACCUUUGAAAGCAAGAUCCGGAAAUCAGUCGAAGUCCGCUGUGCAUUGUGUUGUAUCCCCUUUGCUGGAACGAUUGAGGCAGCCAGAUAUCGAUGCCAAAAUGAUCAGAAAAGUUAAGGAGCUGCUAUCGCGCGUCGCGAUUGGUUUUUCGAACAACAAAAGUUURAAGGGAUCGCAAUUAUUUCCUUUUGUUUACGCAACGAUUCACCCCUUUAUAGGCAACGGCGCUAUCACAACUAUUGUAGAUGACGAAGACGAAAGUGACGAAGACGAYGGCAAUGGAUUCGGCAUCAAAGUAAGCGGGCGAACAAAAGUAAAAAGUUCAAGCAACACCGAGCCGGCUUCAACCAAAGCAGCUGUAGUGGAGUGGCGACCGUCGACGAUGAAUGCAGCCCAAUCGGGCAAGUCUGCAGUAACCAUGAAAAAAACUGAAUCCCAUGAACUCAGAAAAGUACAGGAUGGAGCCAACGCACCAAAACUUACUGGAAGCUCGCGACACGAUUUACUUGACACGUUUGACAUCCGUACAAUAAAUGAGCCCGCUACUAUUACUGCCAUCGUCUUCGGAUUAAACCUGAUGAACGCCUGUCUGAAGAAGCUUCAUAUUCGGGAUGAGCAGUCAUUGGUGAUGAUGGACCCUUUUGUACCUAUGCUGACGGCCUGUGUUUGUCACUGCCGAGACACUGAAGUGGCGUUGGUCGCUAUGAAAUGUCUUUUAGUCUUACUACGAUGCAAUCUCCCUUCGAUACCAUCAUGCUCAAAAUCUUUAGGAUCAAAGGCCUUGACAUUACUGACUGCUGCAGGUGCCUCUCUCAGUACGAAUCAUGAUCUGACUCAAGCGUGCUUCAGAACGUUGACGCACUUGAUUGGGAAUAGCACUAAAUUACGGGAGGGCGUAGAACCAACGAUUACUUCAUCUUCAAAGUUCUAUGAUGAACAUGGGAUAACGGGUAGUUUCCCACUAAACGUUGAACAGAUGAAAGUGCUAAUAUCGCUUAUUCGGGGUUCAAUAACAGAUUCUGAUCAGCACAAUCCAGCUCUAAACCUCAUCAAGGUUGUCUUGAUACACCGGUAUACAUCACCUGAAUUUUAUGACCUUAUGGAAUCAAUGAUGAAACUUGUCGUCCGUAGUCCUAAGGGAACUCUUCGUCAGGUAAGAAUUUUCGGGUGUCYCGAUUUUGAGAAAUUUGAAAAAUUAUAAAUUGUGCUUACACAUUCUCUCUUCUAUUUCAAUACAGGAAUGUUCGAGGCUUUUUGUUCGGUACCUUUUAGAAUACCCCAUGGGGGAAGGGAAAUUUGAACAGCACCUCAAACAGGUUGUUGCGAACAUAAGCUACGAAUACCAAGAAGGGAGAAUGUCAGGAAUAAUGUUGCUUCAUUUACUCAUAGAAAAAGUACCACAAGAGCUUCUACAGAAAAAUUGUCAAAACAUAUUCCUCCCGCUUGUCUUGCAGCUUCUAAAUGAUGACUCGAAGGAUUGUCGACAGCAGGUGUCGAACUGCAUCAUCUUACUCUUCAAACGAUCCUCUACCGACAUCCUUCGAACAUUCCAGGAUUACUGUUCACGUUGGUCGAAACAGACGGGUCCACUUCGUCUUGCUUCACUUCAGGUGUUYGGCCUUUUGUUGGAUUCUCGUGCGGAAUUCAUUAAGUCAAGUUCGCUUGAACUUCCUUGGAUUCACCAUCUCAAACAAACUUUGGAGGACCGCGAAGAAUCGGAGUGGGAAACAACAUACUUUUCGCUGGUCUGCAUCGAGAAGCUUUUGAAAGACUUUGAAAAUGUUUUGAUUGAACAGUUAGAAUUGUUGACAAGUGUUACAGAAUGCCUCAUAGAUCCACACCCUUGGAUCAAAUUGUCAGCAUCGAGGAUUUUAAGCUAUCUCCUGAAGUCGGACUCCGCCGUGAAGCUUUUCUCGCAGAAAAAAGGCAUGCUGUUUGAAGUUGUUCGAAAUAUUGUAUUUCAAAUAGGUGUAUCCGAACAAGAACAAAGCGAAGAGCUUUCAGACCUUGGUAUCAAGUCUCUGAAAACKGUGCUUCCGUUGAUGACAAAGCAUCCCRAGCUUUGUUAUACGGAUGAAAAACUGCAAGAAGACGACCCGGAAGCAGAGAAUGGGCGAGAUCCAGUGUUUUGGCUUUUGCGUAGGCUGUCACAAAUUGCGAAAAACAAAGGAAGCAAACGACGAAUUGCUGUCUUCAAAUGUUAUGCAGCGUUUAGUGACAGUGACUUUGAUAUAGUGGCCCCUCACUUAGAACUGAUGUUAGAGGGUCUGCACCGGUCGAGUACAGAGGCGAAAAAUGAAAUCGAAAACCAAUCGUUUUCUCAAAAAGCGUUUKCUCAACAACGAAAGUCGUCGUCAUUUGGACACCAGGGUGCAAGCGACGCUGAUGUUCCGCUCACUGAACACAGCUUUGCCGAAGAGGUUCUGUUAUUGUUAGAAGAGAAGUGUACUUCAUCCACCGACUUUUUGAAUGCCUAUGCUGAAGUCAAACGGCGUGCUUACAGCAAGAAGCAGCGACGCAAAACGGAGCAAAAAGCAGAGGCUGUUCAUGAUCCUGUUGCAGCAGCUCAGCGUAAGAUGAAAAAACAAGAAGGAAACAAACUACGCAAAAAACGCCGUUCGCAAGAAAAGGCAAGAGAACGGAGGGGAGGAGAGAAGAAAUACCGAUAUAAGUAAUUUCUCCAACGGCUUGCUUCCCGUAUCACACAUGCUACUAGUAUAAUAAUAUGAAAUUGAUUUA